CAUUAUUUUCUCUGUCAACAUCUAACCAGGAACACAUCUGCAGAGUGAACCACGAACCCAAAGUGCUUAAGAAUUCAACUGUUUCUUCUUGCUUGUUGAUGACUAUGAGUACAGAAGAAGAACAUGAAUGCAGACUAGAUAAAGAAAGCUACCUCUGUGCAGUAUGCCUGGAUGUCUACUUUAACCCUUACAUGUGCUAUCCCUGCCACCACAUCUUCUGUGAACCCUGCCUACGCACACUUGCCAAAGAUAACCCAAUCAGCACUCCAUGUCCUCUGUGCCGUACUGCAAUUACCCACGUUUUUUUCCAAUCAGAACUAAACAAUUCCACAAAAGCUCACUUUCCUAUGGAAUAUUCAAAGCUGAAGGAAAAUUUUCAAGAAUCAAGUUUAUCAAAGUGGCCUCUCCCUACCUGCAAGAAAGCAUUUAGAGUUAUUGAAGGUUUUCAAGGCACAGAUUCCUUUACACGAAGGCAUUUCCCACAUGCUGCUCACAGGAUGGAUUAUAUGGACUUUGAGGAUGACAGCCGGGGAUGGCGAUUUGAUAUGGACAUGGUGAUAAUCUACAUUUAUUCCAUCAAUUGGGUCAUAGGAUUUGUGGUGUUUUGUUUUCUCUGCUAUUUUUUCUUUCCUUUUUAAAAACUCAUAUUCCCUCAGGUUUAAUUCAGCCAACAGGCAAGGGAACAGACAUACUUGGACAUAAAGUAUCCAGAUUAUGUGGGAAACUAUAGUUUACUGUACAAGACUGAGAAGGCUAUAGCAACAAAAAUGGAAAGUUUCCCAAUGAUUUGAUUUCUCUGUUGUGCUUUAAAAUGCAAGAACAUUUGUAUAUAGAAAAGUACUGUCAAAUAAUUUAUUGUAAUACAUAUUAAAAUGACACAUGGACUGGCAUCCUGUUCAGUAAUAAUGAUGUCAUAAGUCUGCCUUCCAUCGUCUUAAUUCACUUUUAUGCUCAUUGCACAUACAAUGGCCAAAUGUCCCCACAAAACCUACCUUUUCAGCAACACAGUUUCCCCCUCUUGAAAAAACAACAACAGCCCUUUCCAUGCUGUUGGAGGUAGGGAUUGAGUGGUGACGCAUCCGUCUCUCUUUAGCAGGACACACUGCAACAGGGCUAUAGGAAGAUUGCUAGAUCUGUGUCAGCUCAUUCCCCCACUCUGCACAGCAUGGAAAUAGCCAUGCUGAGAGGCCUGUGCUGCUGAAAAAAUAGGUUUUAGUGGGUACCAUCAAGAGAUGUAGCUACAGAGAUGAGACUACAUCUCUUAAUGCACAAUUUCAGCCAUGUUUUUUUGACCCUGCCUUCCUUUUUGGUGCUAUGGUGGCAGUUUAUAUGUAGUUUAGGGCAGGUUCAUUGAACAGUGGUUUCAUGAUCCAUUUAUGGCUGCUAUGUAUUAAAAGCAUCAUUGGUUUGAA